UUCUUUCGUCCUUCCCGCGAGACGCAAACAAGACACACCCCGGACAGCGGCUGCGUAAUCGCCACGCCCAACCGAUGAUUCGGAUCAAACUAGCCUCUUUGCUUUUUGGUUUCCGUCCCUCGUUGCCUUUGCAUCCGUGCUUGGAGGAGUUGAUGGAGUGGUAUCAGCACGCUAAUGCAGGCCGGCUGGUUGAAACGGACGGGCGAGGGUCAUGCCGGUGGAGCGAUGGAGAAAUAGGCCAAGGACAAGGCAAGACAAGUAAAAGUCCGGAGAAAGAGAGAGAGAAGAAGUGUGCGUGGCAUUGCUGGAUAUGUGGAAUUGCGAGAAGAGAUUCCAUAUGAUCUUACUAAGAGACGAAUAUGUAGGAAUUACACACAGUAUUGCACAGUAUCACAGCUGUAGAUGUCUUCUCUCUUGUCUCUCCUCUUGUACAGUGUUUUACUUUAUCUCUGUAAUCAGCACGCACUUUCCUGAGUUUCUCAGUUCCCAGUUUUCUCAGCUCCUUCCCCCAGACAAAUCAAUUCAAUUCCCACAAUCCUCCCCAAACCACGCCGCGCUAAACCCCUCCUGGCAACCACUCGUGUGCGCUUUCCCUCAUCCCACCACCCUGCGUCAUUGCUGCAAGCCACCAGGCGCCUCGCCGCUAGACGUUUCCUGUCCAAUCAAUCCCGGCAAACACGUCCUCAAACGGAGCAGGCAAAUAUCCAGCUACUUGCUCCAGCAAAGCGCAGCGCCGCAAACCACCGAGUAUCCAGUACUACUAGACUCAUAUGUGCUCAGUGUUACAGGCCAAUUGUAUGUAAACCUCCGACCCAGGGUUUCUAUUUUGCGCGUGAGCUAAUAGGCGCAAAUCUCCUUUCAUUAAUACAAACCCUCCUCACCCCCCCUGAUACAAGGUUCGACUGUUUAAGGAGAGGGAACAUCAUUUCCCUUUUGCCCUCUAGUACGGAGCACCACAAGA